CCGCCGCGUGACGCUUGCGACGCGGGAGCCGCCCCUCCCGCAUGGAGGAGCCGGCUGGCCGCCGCAGCGGCGUCUGGGUAAGCGACGCAGCCCGGCCCUUGUGGGCUGCUCCAGGCUCAGUCCCUCCCGCCGGGAGCCGCCUGGGGUGGUGGUGGCCUGCAGCUGCGCCGGUCAUGGAACAGAUAACCACAAUGGACACAGCUAGCCAUAGCCUUGUCCUUCUGCAGCAGCUGAACAUGCAGCGAGAAUUUGGUUUUCUGUGUGAUUGCACAGUUGCCAUUGGAGAUGUUUACUUCAAAGCUCACAGAGCAGUGCUUGCUGCUUUUUCUAACUAUUUUAAGAUGAUAUUUAUUCAUCAAACAAGUGAAUGCAUAAAAAUACAACCAACCGACAUCCAACCUGACAUAUUCAGCUAUUUGUUGCACAUUAUGUACACGGGGAAAGGGCCAAAACAGAUUGUGGAUCAUAGCCGUUUGGAGGAAGGGAUUCGAUUUCUUCACGCCGACUACCUUUCUCACAUUGCUACUGAAAUGAAUCAAGUGUUCUCACCAGAGGCUGUGCAGUCCUCAAAUUUGUAUGGCAUUCAAAUCUCAACAACCCAAAAAACAGCUGUCAAACAAGGGCUGGAGGUCAAAGAAGCUCCUUCUAGUAACAGUGGAAACAGAGCUGCUGUCCAGAGUGAACACCCUCAGUUGCAGCUUUCUCUUGCUAUUGGGCUGGAUGAUGGCACUGCUGACCAGCAGAGGGCCCAUCCUGCCACCCAGGCCUUGGAGGAACACCAGAAGCCUCCAGUGUCCAUCAAGCAGGAGAGAUGUGACCCAGAAUCUGUGAUCUCCCAGGGCCACUCCUCAUCCUCAUCAGAGAUGACAGGCCCCACUUUCACUGAAAGUAGUAUCAAAAUCCACUUAUGUCAUUACUGUGGAGAACGUUUUGAUUCCCGUGGUAACCUAAGACAACAUCUCCAUACCCACGUGUCUGGAUCACUCCCAUUUGGCGUCCCUGCCUCCAUUCUAGAAAGUAAUGACCUUGGUGAAGUGCACCCACUUAACGAAAAUAGUGAGGUUCUUGAAUGCCACAGACUCAGCUCCUUCGUUGUCAAGGAGAAUGAGCAACAGCCUGACCACUCAAACCGUGGGACCACAGAGCCUUUGCAGAUCAGUCAAGUGUCUUUAAUCUCCAAAGACACAGAGCCAGUAGAGUUAAACUGUAAUUUUUCUUUUUCAAGAAAAAGAAAAAUCAGCUGUACCAUCUGUGGUCAUAAAUUUCUCCGAAAGAGCCAAUUGCUGGAACACAUGUAUUCACACAAAGGUAAAUCUUUCAGACAUAACCGAUGCCAAAGGUUUGGUAAUGCAUUAGCCCAGAGAUUCCAGCCAUGUUGUGAUGGCUGGUCUGAUGUCCCCCUGAAAAGUUCCCGCUUGUCGCAGGAGCAGUUAGACUCAUCUUGUGCCUUAGAGUCAGAGCUCACACAAGAAAACAUGGGUGCUAUCCUAGUAGAGUAGCAGUCUCCUUCAGAAUUUUCAUAGGAAUUUUGACAAAAUUCACGUGUUUUUUAAUUCAUAAAUUAUAUUCCUCCUUGAGUUCUACUGACUUUUUUCUUUACCAUUUAUCCAUAGUUUUAACCUAUUUAUCAGGUCUCCUUAUAGUAAGAUAUUUACUCAUGGCUGUUAAAAUAACCUUCAGUUAGGGCUGUGAACUUUUCGUAAGUCAAUUCACAACUUAGAAAUCAGAAAGCAAUGUAGUAAUAUGGGACUUUAGAGUAAAUAUUAUAUAAUUUCUUAAGUUCUUCCAGGUUGUAGAAUCAGUAAAGUCAAAUUAAUAUGAAGUAAAUGAAAUAUUUUUAAACAACAUUUUAGACUCACCUUUGACUAGUGUUUCACAGGAAUAAGCUCCUAUGAAGAUUAUAUAAAAAUAUCUUCUGCCAUGUAGGAAAUUAGUAGUUAUUUUAAUGCAUAGGUAUGUUAUAAUGUAUAAAAAAUUUGUUUUAAGUGUGGCUAUACCAAAUCAUGAAUAGUUUUAAAAUUAUGUUUUACUUAACUAGCUCUGCAACAUCUUACAUGGCAUUUAUUUAUCUUUUAACAUUGUAAGCAUACCUCAUUUUUAAUAAAACAUUUUAGUUCAAAAGAAAGAAAAGGAAAAGAGACCAAAAAAAAAACCCCUAAAGAGAGUAACAUUAAGAUACAUACACAUGGAUGAGCACACAAAGACAGAGAUUCAGAUAGAUCUGCAAUAACUUAACACCACAGUGUUGUUACCUUCAUCUAAUGUGUUUUCUAAAGACCUUAAGAACAAUUUGAGAUUCUUUUCAUGACUGGAGGUUUACAUGGGUUUAAAAAGGAAAAUGUUAAAAUAUGUAUUCUCUUUUUACCCUCGAUGUCAGAGGAUUUUCUAGGCUGCCCAAGUUAAAAUUAACCUUCUAACAAUCAUUUGAAAAAAUAAUUUUUCAGUGACAGUUUUCGCUUUUUAUGGUCUAUAAAACCAACAGAGUAGAUACAGUCAAUGUCCUAGAACUGUGCUUAAAAUCUAUGAUAUCUUUUUCUCUGUGAAUAAACUUUGAACUUUCUUUUAUAGUGGUGAAACAUAAAACUAAAACCCCAGAAACAUUAAAAUUAAUGUACAAAAUGUAGAUUCCCCUGCUCUGUGUAGCUGGUAAAUAGCUGAUCAAACCUCAUCACAAAGGAUAGAUCUAAAUUGUUUCUGAAAUAUUUAAGUAUCUAAAAUAGCAAAUGAGAGAGGCUUCAAAACAGCCUCAUCUUUUUUGUAUUCUGUCUGUUAAAUGCUAAGCCUCAUAGACAUUUUAAUAAGUAGGAUGAAUUUGGUUUGUGUGGCUUAUAAAAACGCUUUAAGCUCCUUCCUGACUGUAUAUUCUGAGGACAUUUCCUGACAACUUCAGAGUUCUCGAACAGCAUCAGAGUUCAGUCAGGAGGGAGCUCAAAGAGUAAUCAGCUCAUUCUAAGGGUGCAGAGGUUUUCUCUGGGUGAAUUGAGAUCAGCUGAAUUAUGAAGUGGUCAGUUUUCCUUGAGGGUUGAAUAAAGAAAACCAUUGGGAAUUCAUUGUCUAAAACAGUAGAAUUUCUAUCUUAGACAGGUGAGUAAAACUCCUGGGGUCAAGAUUGGUGUGCACUGAGAGCAAACUCUAGGUAUGGAUACAGGAUCAAUUGUAUUGGGACUGGUUAAAAUAAAUGUGUUGCUCUUUGGGGUCAGAACUUCAUCUAAUCCUAAACUUAAAUCAUUUAAGCAAUUAUUCUAAGUCAUACUGCCCUUAAAUAUUUCAUCUCUUAGGAUGAACACAAAUGGUAACGUUGAUUUUCAUGUAUUUUAUGCUCUACAAGAUAUAUGUCCUAGCCAUCUUCAAGUAAAGUUUUAUUUUUCUAAUUUUUAUUACGUCUCUUAAUUUUUCUGACUUUAUUCUUUACUACUUGCUCAGUCAUUGGUCCUUGACACAAGAAGUUUGUAGCUAAAGGGUGUGAUUACGGGCACAAAGGAAUUGUGGGACAGGGCAGCGGUUCGGGGCGGAGGUGUCUAGAUAAAUGGCAAGGGUUUGCUUGUGGCUAAUUGGCCAUGAGAGACAGCAUUAAUUUAAAGUAGAAAUAUAUAUACAUUUGUUGGGUGUUGAGAAAAUAGUGGUUAAUUGUAUUUUUAGUCUUAUUUUUAAUGUUAGGAAUUCAAAGCAACUGUUCUUUCCUUAGUCUUCAUGAUAAUCUCUCUGUUUUAGGAAAUGGCAAAAUAUUAACUCUGUUUUAUAUCAAGAGAAAAAAAUCCUCAAAGCUGGGCUCUGGAGAACCAGUGAAUGUGGUGUGGGGUCUGACCCAUUUUGUUUUUUUCCAUUUGUUCAACAGGCAUAUUUUUAAAAUAACUGUAAUGACUAACACUGUGCCCUAAGAAUAUAUUUUUAAGAUACAAUUUUUCACUAAGAAAAUCUGCUUUGUAUAAAAAAAAAUGUUGUUCCAGCCGAACUCUUUAGUUUUGACUAAUCAUCUGCUUUUAAAACAGAGCUAAUAACCUUAGCCAUACAGAAUAAUUUAAAUAAUUAUUACCAAACUCUAAAAACUGGAAAGGCUAUAUGCACCUUAAUCAGCGUAUCACGCAAAUACUAAACAGACAUUUCCCCUUGGAUCAGUGUAGGACUCCCCCUUCUUUGCCGAUACUCCACAUAGUUGUUUCCUGGAGAAAAACAGACUAUUUCAGUAUUUGUCUUUGUUAGCACAUCAGUAUCUGAUAAGUUCAGUCUGCCUUAUAAGAUAGCCAAAAUGUCUUGAUUUGUAUUGCAUCUCUUGGGAUUAUUAUUUUUUGCUCUGAU